AUACGCCACUGUGGGAGUUGAGCUAAUUAACUCCGGAAGAUGGCAGUAGUGCAACACCAACGAUGCCAGCUGCCGUUAAACCUGACAGAAGAAGUAGAAGAAAGCUAGACCUCCUGAAUCGAGCACAACUCUUACUGUAACCCUGGAUGCCAAUAUAAACGUUUCGAGCAAAGAGCGUAUUGAAGAGGCAAGCAUGAGCAGUUUUAGUAGACCUGCCAGACACAGGACGCCACCAUUCACCAGGGCAACGCACCUUGGAGCAUCCAAGCCUGACCUGGAGAGAGAUUCAGGCUUCUCAGAUGCCAGCUCUGAGUACCUCAGUACAGUCGAUCUGACUGACUGUGAAGAUGCAGGAAGGAAUGGGUUAAUAGUCAGCCAGGACCUGAGUGGUCCGCAGCUGGCUGUGAUGGGAGGCUCGUAUGCUGGACUGUCUCCUAUGAUCAUCAUGAAUAACUUUGUCUUAAAGCAGCCAUCCCCGAUGACUCCAGCAGAAAAACAGUGGGGCUUUCCUUCACCCUUGGAAGUGAUGCCUCAGUCCCAAGUGGUUCUUCUUCAACCCGUGGUAUCAAAUGGCAGCAGCAGCUCUCCAAAGAUUGGCUCUGAAAAUAUCCGACAAUCAAAAAGCUACAUGCCCAUCCUCAAGUCAUAUCCCAGAAUCGCCCCACACCCUGCAGACACGCCCACUAAGUGGGUGGGAUCCUCGAGGGUGAAGGUGAGUUCAACGUCAAGACAUGACCAGCGACAGAGGAGGCACCAUCGCAGCCACAGGCUUUACAGCUCCCCAAGCCCACAGCCAGCACUGCAGACCACAGUCAAACCCGUCUCCAACUUUGAAGCGGCAAACAACCAAUCACAGGCAGCUGAGAGUCAGGAGCAGCUCAGUGACAAGUCUCUCUCCCCGCUGACAGGGAGCAGCUCUCCGCCCUCCUACACAGAUGAGUUCAUGGCCGAGAUUGACAGCGACAGGAUGCAUGAUGACAAAUACCAGGAUCCCUUCUCAAUGGACAAUAACAAACUGAAACGUUUCAGCAAUACCUACAACAUUCUCAACAAGUCUGGCUUGCUGGGGAUCACCAUGCGCACAAAGCAGCUGAUCAAGGAGAAUAAGCGCACCCAAGGCCAGCUGCAGCAGCUUCAGGAGCAAACAGCUCUGCUGCUGGAGGCUCUGAGCAGCGGAGACCCGCAGCUCUGGACUAAACUGCAGCUCUCUCUGCAGCACACAGACAAGGAGCACUGGGGAGCUAAAACUCAGAGAGUCCUGGAGUAAUAUAUCGAUGGACAUGACCAGCAGUUCUCAAUCAGAGGCUCAUAAGAUGAUUUAUUGAAUGUGAAAAUGUAUAUCUCAAAUCUUUACAAAAAAAAACUUUCUUCGUAUGAAAUAGCCAUUACACCAUCUAGCAUUAAAACUAAACAGACUAUAUCUUAUAACUGAACUAAAGUAUAUAAGUGUAAAUAUAUAUGAAGAGGUACAGAACAUCUUAAAUUGAUGGGUUAUGAAGCCAAAAACAUUCAGGACUGCUGGUCUAAUAUGAAGCCGAAGCACAUCUACUAAUACCAAGUGGGAGUUAAGAAGCAUGCUUACAUUUCAAACCGUCGCCUAUAAUGAAUUUUCUUGCCUCUACUGCUUCAAAAUGGCAAGUAUCACUUGCCAUAGGGCUAUGGCUUCUAUAUGUUGAACUCCUAAUUGCAUAAAACGCAUGCCUUACAGCACAUGUGAGGACACAUGGGAUUAAUUCCUUAUACAUGCCUUGAAUGUGAUGGCUUUAGACAAAAUUUGAGCAUCACUUUUACUUUUUAAAUUAAAUAGAAAACCUGGAUAAAUUUAAAUUUCUUCGUUACUGAGAAGCAUUUUGAAUCAAUAGCACAAUAUCUAGUCCUUUGUUUUUAUUUACUUUUGUUUUAAAUUGGAUGGUAAAUGAAACUGAAUGAGCAGAUGUCUCCUUUUGUGAGAAAGUGUAUAUACUAACAGAUUGUAUUCUCAAACAAGAGCUGGGUGGCCCACAGUGAGAGUACAGAAGGCUGGUUAGCUACUUUUCAGUAUUAUUUAUUUGUAAUUAUGUUUCUGACCAACACUAAAGCUGUGUGAAUAAUAUGAACAAACCAAGCACAUUAUAACGAGUUUUCUAGUUCACUGGUAAAAGCUCAUUUUUUCAAAAGAUACCAUAAAUAACUAAAUAAGAAUUUGUGAAAGCAUAAACUGUAGCAGGUGAAGUGCUGUAGCCAUAUAUUCUUUCUUGACUUUGCAUCUGUUGUUGCUAUGUUUAUUCCUGCUCCUUAAGCCUGGCGUGAUGUGUAUUAAUUUAAACUUCAAGGCAAAGAAAUGACAGCUAAAUAGCUUCUUUUAGUUUCAUAUGACUGACUCUUGCACUUUAGUUAUAAGAUUACUGACAACGUGUUUAGACAAACGUUACGACUACGAUGUUAAUAUAAAUGUAUAUCUGGAUGCCUGUGCCUUUUUUAAAAUAUGUUUAUGUUUGUACGUAAUAUCAGCUUGAGCAGCUUAGAUUGUGAGCUUCACGUGGAAGAAAGAUGAAUGUACUUAAAGGUCUCCAAAGAAUUAAUAUUUUUCUCUGAAUCAGAACAAAUCAUGACCUGACUAGGCAAUACAUGCAGAGUUGCUGUAGAAAGAGUAGCACAAAGACAAGUUAAGUCAUAAAUGGUUGAGUUUUAUAUGUUGAAUUAUUUAUUUUAGCAACAAUGCACUACUGUUGCAAUAUUUUCCGAUCAUGCGUAGUUGGAAAAACUAAGAAAAAAGUCUUGGGUUCAGAAGGACAAAUGGAGAGUUAAAUAAAAUGUUUGUUACUUUUCAGAGAUGCUGCUUUUCCUGUUAUUGUGAUAUGUGCUUUCUGUAUCAUUUCUUUAGCAAAAGUCACUUUGACCAAUAACGAACUGUCAUAAAACGCUGUUUGA